UUUAUUUCAAAAAAUUGAAUGUACUUGAAAAAGUGCGAGUUUAUAAAAAAUUCAUUUUUUUUAUUUUUCCUUGACUUAUUGAUAUUUCAACAUUAUAUUAUCAGACUUCUACUCAUAAAGAACUUUUAAAUAAUUCUUUUUGAUAAACAAUAAGUGAAAAUUAAAGUGAUAACAAGUAGAGGAGAAAAAUACCAUAUUCGGUCUAAAUGAAUAUAGCUAUGAGAUAAAACUUUUGAUUAGUUUAUCUAUAUAAAAUAUAUAGAUAAAAUAUUCAGGAUAUAUAGAUAAAAUAUAUAGAUAAACUAACAUAAUUGUAAGAUAUCUAGUGAUAAACAUACUGUCGGAUAUGACUGUACCCGGGAUCGGUAACGAUAUACUGUGACUUGGUAUCGAUAUUCGGUAUUGCGCGCGGCGCGGUUACUAUACCGGCUACUUGUUGGUUGCUUGAGAUACGGACUAUGGUCCAUUUAACUACCAGUGCGCGCUGUUUCACUGGAAAGCCUAGUGCUGAAUUUUUGCCCUUUCGUCCAAGAUUUCGGCACGAACUCCCAGAGACGGUGCCAGUUCAGUGCAACAUGCCUGCGUGGAACGCACGAUUAGCAAUUGCAUUGCUAGUUUUGCUUUUUUCAUCAUCAUCUAGCAAUGAUGAAGAAGAAUUAUUAGAAAAUUCGCGGAAAAUUCCAAAAAUCAAAAAUUUUCUUCAGAUGGUGCAUAAUCUAACGGAUAAAGUACAUUUACCGUUCGCCAAAGCAAUGACCAAGUUGAAGUUCAAGUUACACCUAGUAACAGACGCAAUGUCUACAAUCAGUCCAAAGUGGUCCCAGAAUGAACUGCGCAAAAUCAACAUCGACGUCACGAGUGUCAUGAAUUUCAAGAAUCUGCGCGAAAAAGUGUCAACUAUCUUCCUUCUGUCCGAAGUGUCAUCCUUCGACAUCUUCUGGGAAGAUGAAGAAGAUACGAUGAUUAUCAUAAUCACCGAUGAAGAAUUAGAGACCGCACUGAAGGAUAUAGCUACGAAGAAUGGUUGGAAUAAUGUCUACGAUCUAUACAUUUUGGUGCCUUAUAAUACAUCAAAGAAAAGGUCUAUCGAUAGCAUUGAGAACGUUUCUUGCGAGGACAUACUUCCCUUCACUGCUAAACGAGCAAUGGGGGACAAGUGGAUGUUCAAGUUACACCUGAUUAAUACAUUGCGUCCCUAUAACCGCCAUAAAGUUCGUAAAAUCAACAUCGACAUCAACGUCGUAUUGAAUCUCGCAAAUCUGUACAAAAAACUACAAACUAUCUUUCCAAAGCUGCAGGGCAGCAACUUCGAUGUCGCCUGGAAAGAUAAAGAAUCAGAAAAAUCUACCAAAAUUUACAUUACCAUAGCCACCAAAGAAGAACUAGCACUUGCAUUGGAGGAGAUGUAUUGGAGAGCUAGAGAAAAUAACAAGAAUUUCUACGAUCUGUACAUUCUUUUUGAUUAUCCUGGAACCAUAUGACACAGCAAGAGGGGUAAUCUAAAUUAAAAAAUUUAGUCUAAUCAAAAAAUUAAGUAAUAAAGUAUUAGAAAUUAA